CACCACCCAGCAACAACCCAACCCCCAAUGCCCAUCUCAUCCUCAUCACCCGUUUCCAUGGCCAUUCCACCACCCCCACUUCUUCCACGACUCCUGCUAGCACUAGCAGCAAUACUCUCUUUCUCACUCCCCGCUGCCGUCGCCGUCGACCUCCGCAUCCUCCAUGCUUUCAAUCACUUCUCCCACCUCCACUACCCUGAUCCCUUCUCUCCCUCCUCCUUCGAGGCUACCCUCCACUCCCUCACCUCCCGCGACGACUCCCGCCUCCUUGCCCUCGCCGACACCACCACCCCCUCCAUGCGCGCCGCCAAAACGGACCGCACCUCGGCGCCCCAACUCGCCUACGGCCGCCUCCUCCUCCAGACACCCACCUACCUUGUUCGCGCCGGCGUCGGCACCCCUCCCCAGACCCUCCUCCUCGCCGUCGACACCAGCAACGACGCUGCAUGGAUCCCAUGCACCGCCUGCGCCGGCUGCCCUUCGUCCUCCCCUCCUUCUCCCCUCCAUCUCCUCCACCUUCCAACCCUCCCCUGCGAUUACCCCCUCUGCUCCCAAGUCCCCAACCCUUCCUGUCCCUCCGCCACAGACGGCGCCGCCACCUGCUCCUUCAACCUCACCUACGGCUUUUCCUCCUUCCAGGCCACCCUCGUGCAAGACUCCCUCUCCCUCGCCGCCGACGUCAUCUCCAGUUACACCUUCGGCUGCCUCCAGACGGUCACCGGCGCAUCCCUCCCGCCGCAGGGCCUCCUCGGCCUCGGCCGCGGCCCCGCCUCGCUCCCCUCCCAGACCCGCUCCCGCUACGCUGCAACCUUCUCCUACUGCCUCCCCAGCGUCCGCUCCCAAAACUUCUCCGGCUCCCUCCGCCUCGGCCCCGCGGCUCAGCCCCGCCGCAUCCACUCGACCCCGCUCCUCGCCAACCCCCGCCGUCCCUCCCUCUACUACGUCAACAUGAUCGGCAUCCGGGUCGGUGGUCGGAGUGUAAGAAUCCCGCCGGAGGCUUUCGCCUUCGACCCGGAGACCGGCGGCGGCACCAUCAUCGACUCGGGGACCUUGUUCACGAGGCUGGUGGCGCCGGCCUACGAGGCGGUGAGGGAUGAGUUCCGGAGAAGGGUUAUGGGAGGCGGGCCGGUGACGUCUCUUGGGGGCUUUGAUACGUGUUAUAGCGGGGCAGCGGUGAAGGUGCCGGCAGUGGAGCUGGAGUUCGAGGGGAUGAGGGUGCCUCUGCCGGAGGAUAACGUGGUGAUCCGGAGUAGCUAUGGGAACACUGUGUGCCUGGCGAUGGCGGCGUCGCCGGGGAAUAUGAACUCGGUGCUUAAUGUGGUGGCCAGCAUGGCGCAGCAGAACCACCGGGUGGUCAUAGACGGGGCCGGCGGCAGGCUCGGCAUCGCCCGGGAACGCUGCACUUGAUGGUGACUACCACGUAUGUUUUAUGGUCAAGGGUUUCUUCCCAGUAUAAGGUAGGGACAGCCUGGUUGUUUGGGCCGGUUGGUGACUGGUAUUAUCAAAUAAUUGAUGUUUUACCAAAAAAAAAAAAAAAUUGGUGCAUGGCUCCCCUC